AUGGAGGGAAGAAUUGAGAAUAAUAAAAAAGAAAGAUUUAUAUUAAGAGAAGUUCUUCAUAAGUCAAAGAAAGGGACAAUUAUUAAUAAAGCUAUUACAAUGGUUAAAGAACAUAAAUAUUCAUUUUUUGUUAUUAAAAGAAUACCAAUAUUACUCGAUGAUAAAGAAAAAAUUAAAAAAUUAGACGAAGAAAGAGAUUUAGCUAAGACAGUUGAACAUUCAAAUUUUGUUAGAUAUUAUGAUGGAUUUAUUUGUUCAGUAGAAGAUCAAUAUGAAUAUUGGGAAGUAUUAGAAUAUUGUUCACAAAAAAGUGUUGACUUAUAUACUAUUGCACAUAAGUCAUUAACUGAUGGAGAACGUUUCUUUUUUUUAUGUGACUUAUCUGUAGCAAUGGAAUAUAUGGUUCAAACAUUACAUAAACAACAUUUUAUGUUAAAUCCUCAUAAUUUAAUAUUAACAAAAGAUACUUCAUCUCCAAUUCCAAAGUUAAAAGUAACAAAUUAUUUUGAAAAUGUAUUAUAUAUUUCUCCUAAAGAAGUAUUUCUUCAAAAUAUGUUUUAUUGUGCACCAGAAUUAUAUUUAAAUCAAAUCAAUGAAAAUUCAGAUAUUUGGUCAUUAGGAGUAUUAAUAUUUGUAUUAUUUUGUAACCGUUUUCCAUUUCCACCAAAUAAAGUAUUUGAAACAUUGUCACAACAAAAGAAAAUUGAUUUAAAAGGAAUUGAAGAUUUAUCAUUAAAAGAUCUUUUAAGUAGAAUGUUAAUUUAUAAUCCUAAAGAAAGAAUGCAAUGGGAUGACUUUUUUAUUCAUCCUUUUAUUCAACGAUGUAGAGAUUAUAAAGUUGAAACAUCAAAAGGAACUGGAGAAGAUUAUAUUCCUAAAAAAAUUAUUGGUAAAGGUGCAUUUGGUGUAGUAUUUCUUGCUGAACAUCAAAUAGAAGGAAAUAUAUAUAAAGUUGCACUAAAAGAAGUACCAGAAUCAAAAAAAGAUUCAUUAUUAAGAGAAGCACGAGUAAUGAAAUUAUGUGUUCAUCCAAAUGUCGUUGAAUUUCAUGACUAUUUUGAAUGUAAAAAUAAAUUGUCAGAAAAAUGUACAGAAAAUCCAGAUAUUCCAUUACAACAAUUAGAGCAAAUAUUACCAUCACCUAAUUCUCAUUAUUUUUAUUUAGUUAUGGAGUAUUGUGAUCAAGGAACAUUAGAAAAAUAUCUUGAAAAAAAUGGAGGACCUUUAAGUACAGCAGAAAUACUUCAUUUUUUAGCAGAAAUAGCAAGUGGGUUAUGGUAUUUACAUUUUUGUAAACAUAUUAUUCAUAGAGACCUUAAAUUGGAAAAUUUCCUUUUAUGUACACCUCCUAAAACAAUGAAAUAUCCUCGUUUAAAAAUUGCUGAUUAUGGAUUAUCUCGUGCAUUUGGAGAUGAUAGUACAUUAAUGCAAACUAAUGUUGGUACAUUUAUUUAUUUAUCUCCUGAAAUUAAAUAUCAUAAAGUUUAUACUACUAAAAGUGAUUUAUAUAGUCUUGGGGUUGUUUUAUAUAGACUAGCAACAAAUGAAUAUCCAUUUAGUACAAAUAAAGCAACUAUUGACUACGCUUUUCAAACUAAACAACCUCUAAGCUUCCCCUCUUAUGUGAAAGUUGAAUUUCAUCUUCAAGAUCUUAUUAGAAAAUUAAUUACUCAUGACGAGGCUUCUCGUUUGUCAUGGAGAGAGUUUUUUGCUCAUCAAUUCGUUUAUCGUGCAAUGCAACAUCAUGCUGCACAAGCUUGUUUUGUUCCAACAGCUCAUGACUUUGAUUUAUUAGAAAAACAACAAAUUUAUGAAAUAGACUGA